CCCAAAAAGAACAAAUUAUCCAAAAAGUUAAGCGGCCGCUUCGGGGAUUCUAUCCACCGCGAAAACCCCCGCGGUUUCCGUUCCCCGAAGCCUUAAGAAGAUGAGAACAGAAGAGAAUUCGAGCUCAUAGAGGGAAAGCAGAAGAAGGAGAAGCGCCGUGGAGAUGUGCCAGAACCCUAACCCUACCUUCGGGCCGUGCUCUAAUAACAUCCCUAGCCCCAGCAGCUCAAAGGAGGAUCGGGAGCUUAGAAGACAAGUACAGGUGAAAGAGUUCGCGCUGGUUCUCGCCAAUGGUGAUGCGGCCGUGCGAGCUCAGGCCGCUCGGGAUAUACGCAAGAUAGUUCGUGGAUCGCCCAGAAGGCGCUCGGUUUUCGGUGUUCCCGCGAUCAUUCAGCCUCUUGCGGACAUGCUCCAAUCUGCGGAUCACGGCUCGAGAGAGUCGGCACUCCUUGCGCUCCUCAACAUGGCAGUUCGCAAUGAACAAAACAAGGAAAAGAUAGUUUCAAGCGGGGCUGUUCCUCUCCUCAUCGAAAUGCUCAGGUCCGAUAACAUCCUUAGAGAUACAGCCACUGCCGCAAUCCUCACUCUAUCAUCUUCAAAACCCAAUAAACCAAUCAUUGCUGCCGCCGGCGCAAUCCCUCUCCUUGUCAACAUUCUAACUUCCGGAACUAUUCAGGGCCGCGUCGACGCCGUGACCACUCUUCACAACCUCUCCAAUCAUUUCGAAAACACCGACAAUCUUUUCCUCUCCGUCGACGCCGUUAUCCCCCUCCUCGCCCUCCUCAAAGACAGCAAAAAGAACUCUAAAUUUGCCGACAAAGCCACCGCUCUUCUAUCCAUUCUUUCUGAAUCAGAAGAAGGCAGAUUCACUAUCUCGGAAGUGAAAGGUGGGAUUCUGACUCUGGUCGAAACCGUGGAAGAAGGUUCGUUGAUUAGUACAGAGCAUGCGGUUAGUGUUCUUCUUUCGCUGUGUCAGAGCAGCAGGGAGAAAUACAGAGAAUUGAUUCUGAAUGAAGGACCUAUUCCAGGUCUCCUUUUGUUAACAGUGGAGGGGACAAGGAAGGCUUGCAAUCUUUCUCAUGAGCUUCUAAGGCUGCUGAGAUGUGAUUCAGAGUCAAGGGAGGUGGGAUCUGAGGGUUUUGGAACUAUUGAUUGUGCUGUUGAUGGAGCUUAUGAUGAGGUUGAAGAAACUGCAAAAACAAAAAUGAUUUGAAGAUUUUCGGCUAAGUGUGGCAAGAAAUAAUCCAAAGCCAUGAUUGAUGAUAAGUGGUUUGGAUCUCCCAACUCAAAUAAAUGUCUUAACUUCUGGCAGGCAAUGCAAUGUUCAGGAUUUGUAUAUUUUGAUUUGGUUAUAUUGUUUUUUUGUUCAUUAUUGUUCUUUGGUGUUUGUAAGGUGCAUUGUAAAGUGAUGAAUGGAAUGGUAGGAUAUUCUCAUUUAAA